AAGGGCUUUUUAAAGGCUUCCAGUUCCACCCUCCAUUUUAAUUUGUGAUCAUCAUUGUAAAUUGUAAGAGCCACAGGCUGAGCCUGGGGGAGCUUGAAAUUGAAACAUUCAAAAGCUCACAUUGAUUGCUAAAUUGUGCUUCACGCUUUCACAUGAUUCUUCUCUCUUCUUCAUCGUCUUCCCAUUUGACCCGUCAAUUUCCAUUUUUGCCUCAUUUCUUCCUUCUCUGCUUCUCCAUUCCCAUUCUCUCUUCGCAAUUCCGUUUUAAGCUUUCUUUCUAUAUCUUCCAAUGUUGGAUUUACAAGAAUUCUUAUGGGGAUUUUCCAUUCUCUCUCUGCUUCUUUGUUCUGUUCGCGGCCUCACAAAAGCUCUUCACAUGCCCCUCUCUCUCUAUUCUCCUUCUUCCUCUGGUCUUACCCCUCAUAUUUCGUGGGUCAGGCAUCUCCUCCAUGGGACCACUGAGAAUCCCUCCAACGCCUCUGCACUUUUGGAGCCGCAACAGAACGCUAACAAAACAUCUCCUCUAGACCUGGUCCGCGACCAACCACAGGAGAUCAAGAAGAGCGAAAAGUUGAAGGAAGGCUCCGAUUCUUUAUCAAUGGUCAAAGCCAAGGGCUUUGGGCCUCCUCAUAAGUUGCGGAAGAGACCUGCAAAGCUCGUGGUGCCGGAAUAUUGUCCCGCACUGGAAUUUUCCAAACUGAGGAAGAAAAUCGAGAAUCAGGAAUUCCAAGUCCAAGGCAGAGAUUACUGUUUGGCCACCAAGAAAGGAAGGCGAGAAACCUUGGAAGAUGCCUACGGAGUCAUGCUUGAUAUUCUCGGAGAUUCUAAACAGGCUUUCUUCGCUGUAGUGGACGGCCAUGGCGGUCGCAAUGCAGCGGAUUACGUAGCCGAAAAUUUGGGGAAGAACGUUGUUAACGCUCUUGAAAAAUUUGCCGGAGACGAAGAAAACGCAAUCGAAUCGGCGAUUCGCACAGGUCACAAACGCACAGACGAGGAGUUUCUUAGUCAGGGCGUCGGCAGUGGAGCCUGCGCGGCGAGCGUGCUGGUGAAAGACCGCGAGAUUCAUGUCGCGAACGUGGGAGAUUGUCGAGUGGUGUUGAGCAGAAACGGCGUAGCGACGCCAUUGACGAAUCAGCACCGUCUGUGUCGAGAAGACGAGCGCCUCCGGAUUGAGAACUCGGGAGGGUUUGUGGACUGCAGAAAUGGAGUGUGGAGAGUUUCAGGGUCGCUUGCGGUGUCGAGGGCCAUAGGAGACCUGCAUUUGAAAGAAUGGGUGAUUUCAGAGCCUGAAAUCCAUCGUCUUCCUCUAACUCCUGAUUGCGAGUUCUUGAUAAUGGCUUCCGAUGGACUGUGGGAUAAGGUAAAAGAUCAGGAGGCGGUGGAUGAAGUUGUGAGGGCGAGAGGAAUGGGAAUAACGGAAGAGGCAAUGAAUGCGUGCAAAAUGCUACUGGAAAUGUCAUUCACAAGGGGGAACAUGGAUGAUGUUACGGUCAUGCUGGUUCAUCUCCAACACUUCAUUUCCAUUUAGUAAGUUAAUUAAUUAUUUAAUUAAUAAAAUUGCAUCACACUAAAGAUAAAGCUCAAACCUACUGGUGAUCCCUUCUCCUUACUUAAUUUCCUCAACGCGAUCAUCAUCCUUCAUAUUCAUUUUUCCCUUAGAACCUAAGUUUCAUUUGUGUCUACAAUUUUGUAGCAACAACACCACACCCUUCAUUUUUCUUUCCCCUUUUUCUUUUUGCUGGACUGUACAUAUUAUACUGGAUACUACCAUUACCUGUCUAUUCCAAAUGGGUGUUUUUUGUGUAUGCAAGUAAGAAUUUCAACCUUUCACUUGUGUAAAAUAUUACUAUUACUAAAUGACAAAUACUCAGGUUGCAAUU